GCAGACAUUUUCCUUUACGCUUGUAAUUUCCUCAGCUGCAAAGUACUCAUGGCAGAUGGGAUAACUAGUCAUGUUAACCACUUCCUUCACUCUUCAGACUCCUAAACAUCUUCGGCCUCCAACUUCCUGUAAGAGUGCAUCUAGAAUUAGCCAAAGAAUGACGAUCCCUGAUUUGUUUCUGGCUUCGGUGGCAAAAGGCAACGAGGCCCACGCACUCCAAAGGCCGAAGAACCGGAGGGAAAUGGCAAUAGACAUUCAUUUUGUAAACAUACGUGGAAACGGUGUAAGGUGCAGAGCAGAUUCGGAAGGAGCAACAACGGACAGCUUAGGUCGACUUCGUGUCUUUCACCAAGUAGAAAGUCGUCUGCGAAUCCUGCCCAAGGAAACUUAAAGGCUAAGCAGUGGUUUUGGACAAACAAUCUUGUAUGAAUUGGGAAGGUUGGCUCAUCAAUAAACAUGAU